UUUAACUUGUUUGGAUGGGGAACUUCCUAGAAUUUAUUGAAAACAGACUCAUGAGGGUCCCUCACAAAAAAAUGUAAAACAUUUAGUAGUGUAUUUCAAGGGUCAUGCCACAUGUAAGGAAUAAAACACAAGGGUUAUUAGGAAAAUAAUCAAUUACAAGGUGGUAUGAUGCUAUAGAGAUGCCACACAUCGUACUUAUUAUCAAUGUAUAAUUACAUUUAACAUAGAACGUCCACAAAACGAGCUAAUUACUGUUAUCACUUACAUUAUAGCAGCUAUAAAGAGUCUUUCCUUUUCUCUUAAAGCUAAUACAAAAAAAAUAAAAAAUGUGCAGCUUGUUACUGAGAAACCAUAAAAUGCAACAUCAUCUGCCUGGAGGAACCUCUCAAGGGGCUUGGACUGAAAGAAAUGUAACGUUUUCAAGAGAUAGGAAGGCUUCUCAUAGAGAUUACAUUAGCUCAGGUUUGCUCCUGAAUGGACAUGAUUAUGGGAAGUUACUCGGCAACGAGCGCGCGCGCUCUCUCCUCUCCCUCCCUCUCUCUUCUUUAAAUGUCAUUCUCUCCUUUCUCUCCUCCAUACCACCACAGUUUCCUCCUUCUCUCUUCCCUUGCCCAUCCCUCUCAUUCCGUCUGCUUUCGUCAACAUUUUAUUUUCCUCUCAUCUUUUUCCCGCUUCAUGCCAUGUCUCCUCAUCCUUCACCACAGCGGUUGUAUGUCUCGCGCUCCAUCAGCCCCGCCCACUCCUGCCUUAAACUCGGCUCGCGAGCCUGACCAUUAAUAACAACCCUUUCCUAAAGCUGGGCGUCAGACUACAGGAUUUUUUUUUUUUUCUUUUUCCCCCCGUCUGAUUUUAUACUAGAUUUGACACAUUUUGGUCUUAAAUCGCUCCACCGGAGGCGCCAUGCCGGUGGGAACAGGUUAACUGGUAGUUUUAUUUAUUUAUUUAUUUAUUUAUUAUUUUUUAAGUCAAAUCUGAAGCCUCGAGUUGUGAUCGGCUCGCGCGGACCUGAUCGGAGGCGGAUCCGUUAUUUUUUUGCGUCAACCAUGUCGGUGAGUGUGAGAUGGUAGUCAGCGACGCGAAACGGAAAUCGGCUCGUAUUUUCAAUCGUUCUCGAUUAAAAAAGAAAAAAAAAACCCUGUAGUGUGAGCCCAAAGCUUUAAGAGAAGUGAUGAUGAGGAGCUCGGGCAUGAUGAAGCCGCACUACUCGGUUGCCUUGGUGAGGAUGACGGCCGCCUGCACUAACGGUCGCUGCGCGCGCAAAUUUCUCCACAGUGACUGCGUCAUCGACGAGAAGACUGUGGUCCUGCAGAAGAAGGAUAACGAGGGCUUCGGCUUCGUGCUGAGAGGGGCAAAAGCUGACACCCCAAUCGAGGAGUUCACCCCGACCCCAGCCUUCCCCGCCCUGCAGUACCUGGAGUCUGUGGAUGAGGGCGGGGUAGCAUGGCAGGCCGGAUUGCGCACCGGAGACUUCCUUAUCGAGGUUAACAAGGACAAUGUGGUGAAGGUGGGCCACAAACAGGUGGUUAAUAUGAUCCGUCACGGGGGAAAUCAUCUCAUCAUCAAAGUCGUGACUGUCAGCAGAAAUCUCGACCCUGAUGAUACGGCUCGAAAAAAAGCCCCAGCCCCUCCAAGGAGAGCUCCAUCCACUGCGCUUUCCACACGCUCCAAAUCCAUGACCUCAGAACUGGAGGAUUUGGUGGAUAAAGCUACUUUGAGGAAAAAGAAGGAUAAAGUGGAGGAGGUUGUCCCUCCCCAGAAACCCGUGUGGGACAACGCGAAUGUGGACGUGAGGGUGGCAGCUGUAAAACCGCGCCCCACAAGCAGGUGCUUCGCUGUGGCCCCGGAAAUGAAUUCACUGUGCAACAGCCAGGACAUAUCAGUGGAUUCCCCACCGGUAACAGUAACUCCUAAAGGCCCAUACUUGGGUGUGCCAAAAGGAACCAUCCGCCGACAGACAUCGAUAGGCAAAGUAAUUGGCUCUUGUUAUCCAACCACAGGGGUAACUGAAGAAGAAAAGCAGUUCCUCACUCCUCCCAUGUUAAAAUUUACAAGAAGCCUAUCAAUGCCUGACACAUCGGAGGACAUUCCCCCACCACCGGCUAUUUCCCCUCCAUCUCCUCCCCACAACAAUGCCCCCACAUCUGCUGGACAUGGUUAUGGCACAAUCCGACCAGGCUUCACCUCUCAAAAUCCUACUGUGAACAGCGCUCCUUCAGACAGAGGAGACUCAAGCCUUGGUUCAGGUUGGAGAGAGCAAGGCAUGCAUUACAGAGAGAACUCUGAACAGUACAAUGUAGAGGCCUACAGCAACAGUCCAACUGCUCAGCAGAGCCUUCAUAAGCGCCGAGCCCAGAUUCCAGAGAACCCAUACUCGGAUGUUGGCAAAAUGGCUAAUGCCGCACUGUUUGUCCCAAACAAGCCUGCACGUAGAAAGGGCAUGCUUGUGAAACAGUCCAAUGUAGAGGACAGCCCAGAGAAAACCUGCUCCAUCCCCAUACCCACGAUCAUCAUCAAAGAGCCCUCCACCAGCAGCAGUGGAAAGAGCAGCCAGGGCAGCAGUAUGGAGAUUGAGACGACUACGCCCGACCACCCAGGCCAACUCCGGCCAGAGGAUGGCCUCGAUACAGGAAGCCCUUUUGCAACUGCCAUGGCUCCCAGCACAGCCAGGGAAAAACGGUUGGCGGUUCACAGAAAUUCCCCGUCUUUCAGAUCCACAGAUGCUGGUGAUGAGGAUGUGGCUCCCACUCCUACCCCUCGUCUGCGACACUCAAAGUCCAUUGAUGAGGGCAUGUUUAGCAGUGAUGAGCGUCUGCGCCGGCUUAUGGCUCCCCCUUCGUCCCUGCUCAGCAUCCCUCGAGGAGGGGGCAAUGUGACAGACUUCAACAGCCCAGAACCCACCAUGGUGCGGGAGUUACUCAACACUAGAACAGGUCACAGUCCUAUCAGCCUGCCAGCUCACAAGACCUACAGCUCAGGGAGCGGGAAUUAUGUUCACCCUGUCACCGGAAAACCACUAGACCCCAAUUCUCCAUUAGCCUUAGCAUUAGCUGCCAGAGACCGGGCCAUGAGGGAGCAGUCUCAGCCUUUGCCACUUAAGAGUGACCCAUCCAAACUGGACCUCAACAAGCCACUUUUCAUUGACACAAAACUUCGGUCCAAUGUUGAAGUGAGUUUCUCCAGCACUGCCACCAUGGGCAGGCCACGGGGAGGCCUGCGGAGACAGAUGACGGAGUCAAAGUAUGAGACAGAGUCCAAGUUCCAACUGGACCUGGGCAAGGCUGAGAAGAGGGCAGAGGAGAAGAAGAACAUGCUGAUUGACAUUGUAGACACAUCCCAACAGAAAUCAGCAGGGCUACUAAUGGUUCACACCACAGAUGGGGCCAAAACUGAGGAGAACAGCCUGUCGGAAGGCGAGAGAGAUGAGGAUGUUUGUCCUGACAGCACACCUGGGGAGCUUCGUGAUCCCAACCAGCCAGCUCCUGCAAAGCCUGCAACACCAAAGCCUCUCUCUUUGCCACCAAAAACCAUGAUCUCUGUCAGCUCUGUAGAUGAGCCUGUCAAACUCCCCUUUGGUAUCCCUCCACCACCUCUGGCCUCUGUUGACAUUGAUGAGGAGUUUGUGUUUGCCGAACCCCUGCCUCCACCAUUAGAGUUUGCCAAUAGUUUUGACAUCCCGGAAGACCAAUCAGGGGCACUCAGUGAAAUACUGAAACAGAAAUCCAAUGGCAUGAGUGGACCAACACUUUCUCCCUAUUACUCCCAUUUAACCACAAGCAACUCAAGAGAUCAAGAAAUCAAGAGACCAACAGUUCUUACUAACUGCACACCUCCCAGCUUUCCUACAGGACCUCUGGAACCCUAUGAGCCCAUUAUUGACUCAGGCAUUGAAGUGGACAGCCGGAGCAGUGGAGACCCCCAACUGGAGACCACGAGUACGGUCUCCACUGUAUCCAGCAUCUCCACUUUAUCCUCAGAAGGAGGAGAGACCCUGGACACUUGCAUGGUCUAUGCAGACGGUCAGGCCUUUCUGGUGGACAGGGCGCAGGUCCUGCCCAAGCCCAAAGCCAAGUAUGCCGUCAACAAGAGCAACGCACUUUACAAGGACGCCUUAAAUGAGGAGACCAUAAGCUCUUUCAGGGUGCCCUCCUCGAUCCCCCCACCACCCCUGGGAACUGCCCCACCAGAGCCUCUAAAAACCCCAACACAAAGAACCUCAAAGCUUUGGGGGGAACCUCUGGAUCUGAAAAACCCCCAUGGACCAGAGACAAAACCCCAAGGCUUGACUGAAAUAAACUCUGUUCUGCAACAUGUCAGCAAAGACAAACCACCAAAGCCAGGGGAAGCACUAGACUCUCCCCCAGGAUGUAGAACUCACUUUGGAUUGAGAAAUCAGGACGGUGUGUCCCUCAUCUCAGGAACCCAGCCGAACCCCAGCAUGUCCUUCACCAAUCAGCCCGGCCCGAACGUGCCUGCGCCGUCGCCAUGCCGACAGGCUGAGAGCUUGCAUCACCAUCGUCAUCCCUCGAGCCCAGGCAUCACAUCUCCUCCUCCAAUUCUGAGCUGCUCCUCAUCAUCCUCCUCUCUACCCGCGGUGAGCACCACGUCCUCUGUACAGGGCCGAAGUCGCUCACCUUCGCCACUCUCGUUCCUCCAGGCCGCCUCUGGCAAACCAUUCGCCUCCAAGGCGGUGCUUUCGUGGACCAAACAGGACGUGGCUGACUGGCUGGAAAGCCUCAACCUGGCAGAGCACAGAGACGCCUUCCUGGAGAACGACAUAGAGGGCACACACCUGCCCAGCCUGCAGAAACAGGACCUAAUUGACCUGGGAGUGACGCGCGUCGGUCAUCGCAUGAACAUCGAGCGUGCCCUCAAGCUGCUGCUUGACAGAUGAGACUGGGACAGCACAAGCUUUCUUUUGUUCUUGAGCUUCAUUUGUUCCUCGCUCAUUUU